AACAGCCCAAAAAUUGAAGAAAGACCGAAAGAUUGGAGUAAAAAAUUUGAGGACCUCAGCCACUUCGAAACAGUGUUACGAAGGGCUAGAGGGGCAGCCGAGCAGAGACGAUCGUCAACCCACUAACUCGCCAAGUCUCCGACACAUCGAGUCAGCGUCGGUUGGCCACCCUGCCCUUUUGCUAGCUUUCUGGUGCUCGGUGGCUCGGUAGUCGGCCAUCCUGCACUUGAACUUCUCACCUUCUGUGGACCGUGGACAGCAGACCUGCAAUUCUGCCCAUCCAUCCAUUCUCAGCUUCUGGUACCCGUGUGCAUGUUAGUUUAGACCAGAGGCGGAUAUGGGGAAGUUGACUGCUUCAAGUCUUCAGGGUACCAACGCCUCCAAUCAUCUGUGGAAGAAGCUAGAAAGACCUAGCGUGUGAACGCACGACGUUCUGCGUUUCCAGAAAUCAGACCACCGAACAGCAAUUCUCCAAAGACUCCGAUCGCCUCGCCGGCCGCCGUCGGUCAACUCUGACUCUGUGUGUCAAGAAAGAAAUGAAUGGGGCCGAAAGGCGGUUUAGUACAAAUGAAGAAGAGGAAGAUGAAGACGACGACGAUGGAAGAGGUCUUCAAGCAUGGGAGAGGACCUAUGCAGAUGAGAGGUCAUGGGAGUCUUUACAAGAGGAUGAAUCAGGAUUUUUGCGUCCUAUUGACAAUAAAAACCUCUACCAUGCUCAGUAUCGGAGACGCCUCCGCUCUGCAAGUACCGCUCGCAUUCAGAAGGGCCUGAUUCGCUAUCUCUACAUAGUAAUUGAUUUCUCCCGGGCAGCUACCGAAACAGACUAUAAACCAAGCAGAAUGGUUGUAGUUGCAAGACAAGUGGGAGCUUUUAUUAGAGAAUUUUUUGAUCAGAACCCCCUGAGUCAGAUUGGCCUGGUAAUGUUGAAAGAUGGGGUUGCUCAUUGUUUAACAGAUCUUGGAGGCAGUCCAGAGGCUCACAUUAAAGCUUUGAUGGGUAAGUUGGAGUGUUCAGGUGAUGCUUCACUUCAGAAUGGAUUAGAACUUGUGCAUGAACUUCUAAGUCAAAUCCCAUCAUAUGGUCAUCGUGAAGUUCUAAUUUUAUAUUCGGCGCUGAAUACUUGCGACCCUGGGGAUAUAAUGAAAACCAUCCAGAAAUGCAAGAAAUCGAAAAUACGAUGCUCCCUAAUUGGCCUCGCGGCUGAACUCUAUAUAUGCAAGCAUCUUUGCCAAGAAACUGGUGGAAUGUAUUAUGUUGCAUUGGACGAGGCUCACAUUAAAGAGUUGGUGCUGGAGCAUGCUCCGCCACCUCCUGCAAUAGCAGAAUUUGCAGUUGCAAAUUUGAUCAAGAUGGGGUUUCCCCAAAGAGCGGCAGAAGGCGCAAUUUCUAUAUGUUCUUGCCACAAGGAAGCUAAAGUUGGUGGAGGCUACACCUGUCCAAGAUGUAAAGCACGUGUUUGUGAACUACCUACAGAAUGUUGUGUUUGUGGGCUCACCUUAGUUUCUUCUCCACAUUUGGCAAGGUCAUACCAUCACUUGUUUCCAAUUACUCCAUUUGAGGAUGUAUCACCCUCCGUUCGAAACAAUUUGCAAAAGACACAAAAAAAAUGUUUUGGUUGCCAGCAGAGUCUCAUAAACCCUGGCAACAUACCCGGUCCAUGUGUUGCUUGUCCGAAAUGCAAAAAACACUUCUGCCUGGACUGUGAUAUCUACGUCCAUGAGAGCUUGCACAAUUGUCCAGGCUGUGAGAGCUUCAGGACUUGUGCACCAGUCAACAAAAAUAUGCAAGAAUGAUAGGAAUGGCAUGAUAGCUACUUCUAUACCGAGAGAUCUAAAUGCAUUUCAACCAAGAGUUCAUUUUUUUACAUGCCCAAGGUGUUGAUGCUCUUUACAACGUUCUUUUGAUUCACAGAAAAGUUACCUCGUCUGUUUUCUUGCUGAAAUAUCAUCUCUUUAGGUUUGAUCCUUUUCGGUAAGGAUGACUUUGAUAAAUUUUCAGGUCUAAUUCUUAUUCUUGUUUCUCAAAAUGAAUGACCGUUCAAAAAGGUGGCCCACCACAGCAAGGGGAACUGUGAGGUGGAACUGCUCAGGAAUGACAUCUUCCUUUUGAAGUCUUGCUUCCAUUCAUUAUAGUCAACACAUUCAUGAUUCAUGAAGACAUGUUAAUUCAUCAAUUAAAUUAUCUCUGUCUUUACUUUCGUUUAACAGUUCCUUCCCUUCCCAGCCCCGAAUCCCCGAUAAACGUUAUCAU